AAUUGUUUCAAAACAACGAACCAUUUUCCGAAUCAAUUGGUGAAAGUUUCUUUUCUGCCAUCACUGACAUAACUAAUAUUUCACUGAAUCCUCCAAACUACUCUUCAGAAAAUAAAACCAAUACUUUGACAGAGGUUUACGUUAACUACAAACCCUUUUCUACAUAGCAUUCUCAUCGUGUCCGUAUCAUUUAAUCCCCGCCCAGCGGGAUUUACGGUGCUUGUGACUUCCACCUCAUCACGGUUACUGUCGCUGGUGGGAUAAUCUGGUGGAGGACACACAGCAAAGGGGACUCCAGCUGGACACCUGGCAAUUUGGCUGCACCCGCUCCUGACCCACAUUCAUUUGGUCCGCUGUUGACAACACUGACGGUACUGCUGAGGACCAGGAAGAGAACAGUAUGGAUCAGUGCCAAGAACCAGGUCAAAGUGAAGAGGAGGUGACUGGGAUGGUAUGUCAGGAGGCUGACCUGAGAGAUGGAGAGAUGAGGGAAGUAACUGUGGGUGAUCAGAAAGUGUUGCUGGUCCGUACCCAGGGUCAGUACAGUGCCGUUGGAAGCCAGUGCUCUCAUUACAAUGCUCCUCUUGUCAAAGGUGCACUGGUUGGUGACAGAGUCAGAUGUCCCUUUCAUGGUGCUUGCUUCAAUGUCAGAACUGGAGAUAUUGAAGAGUAUCCAGGACUGGACUGUCUGCCAAGUUAUAAGGUCAAAGUUGAGGAUGGCAAGGUUUAUGUUUCCAUCAACAAAAAGUCUCUGAAGUUAACCAAGCGGGUUAAGGAGAUGUGCAGCGUAUCAGCAGACAUCAAACACACUAUUCUGCUCAUAGGAGGGGGUCCUGCCUCUCUGGUUUGUGCAGAGACGCUGCGGCAGAAAUGCUACCAAGGUCGAGUCAUCAUGGUUACCAAAGACACCCUCCCUCCAUUUGACAAGCCCAAACUGAGUAAGGCUAUGAAUCUGGACAGCAACAGCAUCCUUCUCCGUUCGAGUGACUUUUAUCAACAAUAUGGUAUAGAGGUGUGGACCCAGAAGGAGGUGGUGUCAGUAAACCCAGCUGCUAAGGCAGUGAAGAUGAGCGAUGGCAUGCUGCAACAUUAUGACCAGCUCCUCAUCUCUACAGGCUGUAGAGCACGGCCGCUCAGCUGCCCAGGCUGUGAUUUGAAAGGAGUAAAGUUACUGCAGAAUUACGAAGAUGCCAAAGAGAUUUACAGCGCCUGCCUUGGCCAGAAGGCCGUGGUCAUCGGGGCCUCCUUCAUAGGUAUGGAGGUGGCAUCCUACUUAUCAGGCAAAGCUGCCAGUGUGUCCAUGGUUGGCACUACUAGAUACCCAUAUGAACGGUCUCUGGGUCCUGAAAUCGGCAAAAUGACUAUGCAAAUGUUGGAGGAACACAAUGUGAAGUUCUACAUGAACGACAGAGUCACUGAGAUCAGAGGAGCGAAUGGCAAGGUGAAGGAGGUGGUGCUGAACAGUGGUACAGUCGUGGAAGCUGAUGUGGUGAUAGCUGGAAUCGGUGUAAUUCCCAAUUCAGACUUCUUAGCAGGAAGCAAGGUGGAAGUGGAUUCCAGGAAGGCUGUGAUAGUUGACAAGUUCAUGAGGACCAAUAUACCAGAUGUUUUUAGUGCUGGAGAUGUAACCUCCUUCCCUCUGACUGUUCGUGGAGACCAGAGGGUCAACAUUGGUCACUGGCAAAUGUCACAAGCUCAAGGAAGAGUAGCUGCUCUGAACAUGCUAAAUCAGCCAACCAAAAUUGAGUCUGUUCCUUUCUUCUGGACUGUGUUGCUUGGGAAGAGUAUCAGAUACACAGGCUAUGGUGAAGGAUACACAGAAAUCAUAUUCAAAGGAAAAGUGGAAGAACGGAAAUUCCUGGCGUUUUACAUCAAGGAUGAGGUGGUGGUGGCUGCAGCAAGCCUGAUGUUCGAUCCUGCGGUGGCUCAUCUGGCAGAGCUGAUGGCUACUGGCCAGACUCUAACAAAAGCACAGGCUCAAGCUGAGGACCUGAGCUGGCUGCAAAUGUAACUCUUCUCACUGAUGAUGGAGGACACCUUUCUCUUUGUCGUUGCUCUCACUCUCAAAUAAUACCACAUUUGAUUGCUAUAAGAAUGACAUCCGGGCCUCUGA